AUGGGAGUGGUCUACUUAACACAGACUGUAGUUGGAAUCUUGGGGAAUGUCUGUUUUCUUUACCAUUGUCUCUGGAGGUCAAGGCCAAUAGAUUUUAUUCUUAAGCACCUGAUGUUAGCCAACUCCUUAGUCUUUCUCUCUAAAGGAGUCACCCAGACAAUGGCAAGUUUGGGGUUGAAACUUUUUCUCAGUGAUGCUGGAUGCAAAGUUAUUUUCUACGUUCACAAGGUGGGCAGGGGAGUGUCCAUUAGCACCACCUGCCUCUUGAGUGUCUUCCAGGCCAUCAUGAUCAGUCCCAGGAGCUCCAGGUGGGCUGAACAUAAAGCAAAAGCUCCCAAGUAUGUGGGCAUCUCUGUUUCCUUAUGCUGGUCACUAAACAUGAUGCUUAAUAGUACAGUUGUUUUGUAUGUAACUGGCAAAUUGGGCAAGAAAAAUCUCACCCGUAAAAGAGAUUUUGGACACUGUUAUGUUGAAUUUCUUGAUGAAAUCACAGACUCAUUGAAUACGGUAUUGGUUUCAAUCCCUGAUGUGUUCUGCUUGGGGCUCAUGCUGUGGGCCAGCAGCAACAUGGUUUUCAUCCUGCACAGGCAUAAGCAGCAGGUCCAGUAUAUUCAUAGGACCAGUGUCUCCUGCCAAUCAGCCCCUGAGACCAGAGCCACCCAAAGCAUCCUUGUCCUGGUGAGCACCUUUGUGUCUUUUUAUACCCUCUCCUUUAUCUUUCACAUUUACUUCUCUGUUGUAAAUCAUUCCAGUUUUUGGCUAGUGAACACCUCUGUACUAACGUCUGCAUGUUUCCCAACUGUCAGCCCUUUUGUGCUCAUGAGCAGGGACUCCAGUGCACUCAGGCUCUGCUUUCCCUGGAUAAGGAUUACAUAA